ACGGGCUUUGUUGCCGAUAUUUACAGCAUCUUCCAACUUUCAGAUACCGAGUCAGCCAUGUUACGUGCGCAUGCUAAGCCAGACGAUGUCGAAUGGAACGCAGCAGAUCAAAGACCGACUGCUGUUACACAAGUACCACUGCAUCCCGAGACCUCGAAUAACAAACGCAAGCGACAAAGCAGCUGCUUUUGCGCACCGCAAAUGUUCGGUGGUGGCAUCUUCUUGCCGGAUCCUUCAACGUAUGACCCUUUAGAAAUCUUGCUCAACACUCAUGACCAAAGCGAGAGGGAUGAGCUUGUCGAAAGAUGGAGGGACAACAAGCUAAGCGAGCUGAACUUUGUUGGUGUUGUGUCCGCCCUACUUGCGGGUGUCCUUACCUCGACAGGUAGCUGGCCAAAUAUCCUCACCACCGGCAGACCGACUCCGUGGUAUGUCCGGACAGCUUGGUACUGUGGUAUCAUCAUCACAAUGCUUUCCAUCAUCAGCGCAGCUGACCAGACCGUGCGUUUACAUCGGCUUUCGUCGCACCGCGAUGGCCUCGCCAAUCUCCAUAAGCUACUUGGCAAAGGAAGUCGCUGGAAACGAACUGGUCGUCGUGCGCCAAACCUUGUCCAGGUCUUGACUUGGCAGAUGCCAGUCAUGUUUCUCAUAUCCGCGACUAUCUGCAUGGUUGUGGGCAUGUUUAUGCUCGUGUGGAGUGCCACGUCGAAUUUGGGUAAUUCUGGAGGAUUAGACGAUGGGGACAAGGUUGCGAUUGUUUUCACGGCUGUUGCGGCUCUGACGAUUAUCAUGUUCUUCGUUGGACAGAUUUCUCUCUACUCGCCGAUCAGAGAGUAG